UCCUUUCUUAUUUCUCCUUGGGUUUUGACUUUUUCCGGACCCUGGUGUCUAAGAUUUUCGAGAUGCCAUCGUCUUUUCUGGGUGCGGUGAUGCCGGCCUCCACGUCGGCCGCAGCCCUGCAGGAAGCUCUGGAAAAUGCGGGGCGGCUCAUCGACCGUCAGUUGCAAGAAGACCGCAUGUACCCGGACCUUUCCGAGCUGCUCAUGGUGCCUGCACCAAAUAAUCCCACUGUUUCAGGCAUGUCAGAUAUGGAUUAUCCUCUACAAGGACCUGGUUUGCUGUCCGUACCCAACCUUCCAGAGAUCAGUUCUAUCAGAAGAGUUCCUCUCCCACCUGAACUUGUUGAACAGUUUGGACAUAUGCAGUGUAACUGCAUGAUGGGCGUGUUCCCACCUAUCAGCAGAGCUUGGCUUACAAUUGAUAGUGACAUAUUCAUGUGGAACUAUGAGGAUGGAGGAGACCUUGCCUAUUUCGAUGGACUUAGUGAGACUAUUCUUGCUGUGGGGCUUGUGAAACCAAAACCUGGCAUCUUUCAACCUCAUGUACGGCACCUCCUGGUUUUGGCGACCCCUGUAGAUAUAGUAAUUCUUGGACUCAGCUAUGCUAAUUUGCAAACAGGUUCUGGAACUCUUAAUGACAGUAUGUCUGGUGGAAUGCAGUUACUUCCAGAUCCUUUAUAUUCUCUUCCCACUGAUAAUACUUACCUUUUAACAAUAACUUCCACUGAUAAUGGCAGAAUUUUCUUGGCUGGAAAGGAUGGCUGUUUAUAUGAAGUAGCAUACCAAGCAGAAGCAGGUUGGUUUAGCCAAAGAUGCAGGAAAAUAAACCACUCAAAGAGCCCACUUUCUUUCCUUGUUCCUUCCUUGCUACAGUUCACAUUCUCUGAAGAUGAUCCUAUUGUUCAAAUUGCAAUUGAUAAUUCUAGAAAUAUUUUAUAUACACGAUCUGAGAAAGGAGUAAUACAGGUUUAUGAUUUGGGCCAAGAUGGACAAGGAAUGAGCAGAGUUGCCUCAGUUUCACAGAAUGCUAUUGUCUCUGCUGCUGGUAACAUUGCUAGGACCAUUGAUCGUUCUGUUUUUAAGCCAAUUGUUCAAAUAGCAGUGAUUGAAAAUUCUGAAUCGCUGGACUGUCAGUUAUUGGCUGUCACACAUACAGGUAUUAGGUUGUAUUUCAGCACUUGUCCAUUCAGACAGCCACUGGCACGGCCUAAUACACUGACUCUGGUUCACGUCCGUUUACCUCCUGGAUUCUCAGCAUCUUCAACGGUGGAAAAGCCUUCCAAAGUACAUAAAGCUCUUUAUAGUAAAGGUAUUCUACUUAUGGCAGCCUCAGAAAAUGAGGAUAAUGACAUUUUAUGGUGUGUCAACCAUGAUACUUUUCCUUUCCAAAAGCCAAUGAUGGAAACCCAGAUGACAACCCGUGUUGAUGGUCAUUCUUGGGCUCUUUCUGCAAUAGAUGAAUUGAAAGUAGAUAAGAUAAUUACACCGUUAAAUAAGGAUCAUAUUCCAAUAACUGACUCACCAGUUGUUGUACAGCAACACACGUUACCUCCAAAGAAAUUUGUUCUCCUCUCAGCACAGGGGAGUCUUAUGUUUCAUAAACUCAGACCUGUAGAUCAACUGAGGCAUCUCCUUGUGAGUAAUGUGGGUGGAGAUGGAGAAGAAAUUGAAAGAUUCUUUAAAUUACAUCAGGAAGACCAGGCUUGUGCAACUUGCCUUAUUCUUGCUUGCUCCAGUGCUGCCUGUGAUAGAGAAGUAUCUGCUUGGGCAACUCGGGCUUUCUUCAGGUAUGGUGGUGAAGCGCAGAUGAGAUUUCCAACUACUUUGCCCCCUCCGAGUAAUGUUGGUCCCAUCUUGGGGUCUCCUGUCUAUUCUAGUUCUCCUGUUCCUAGUGGUAGUCCUUAUCCGAAUCCAUCCUUUUUGGGAACACCAUCUCAAGGUAUACAGCCUCCUGCCAUGUCAACUCCAGUGUGUGCUAUGGGAAACCCAGCAACUCAGGCCACAAGUAUGAGUUGUGUGACUGGACCAGAGAUUGUGUACUCUGGGAAACACAAUGGUAUUUGCAUUUACUUUUCUCGAAUCAUGGGAAACAUUUGGGAUGCUAGCUUAGUUGUGGAGAGAGUGUUCAAGAGUGGCAACAGAGAGAUCACUGCAAUUGAAAGCAGUGUUCCCUGCCAACUGCUAGAGUCAGUGCUACAGGAACUAAAGGGUUUGCAGGAAUUUCUAGACAGAAAUUCCCAAUUUGCGGGAGGACCACUAGGAAAUCCAAAUACUACUGCCAAAGUACAGCAGAGGCUGAUAGGAUUCAUGCGUCCUGAAAAUGGAAAUACCCAACAAAUGCAACAGGAACUGCAGAGAAAGUUUCAUGAGGCUCAAUUGAGUGAAAAGGUUUCACUUCAGGCAAUCCAGCAAUUGGUUCGAAAAUCAUACCAGGCUCUGGCUUUAUGGAAACUUCUCUGUGAACAUCAAUUCACUGUCAUUGUAGGAGAACUUCAGAAGGAAUUUCAAGAGCAGUUGAAGAUCACCACCUUUAAAGAUCUCGUAAUCAGGGAUAAAGAACUCACAGGGGCAUUAAUUGCUUCUCUUAUCAACUGCUACAUCAGAGAUAAUGCUGCUGUUGAUGGCAUUAGUUUACAUUUACAGGAUAUCUGCCCACUUCUGUAUAGCACUGAUGAUGCAAUUUGUUCUAAGGCAAAUGAACUUCUCCAGCGUUCCCGACAAGUUCAAAAUAAGACUGAAAAGGAAAGAAUGUUAAGGGAGUCAUUAAAGGAGUAUCAAAAAAUCAGCAAUCAAGUGGACCUUUCCAAUGUUUGUGUUCAAUAUAGACAAGCUUUACCCUUUCAGGUCACUAAGCACUUCUCAAACCUAUUUAAAAAAUUAAACAGUUACAAGUGCAUUACAGAUACACUUCAAGAACUGGUAAAUCAAAGUAAGGCUGCUCCUCAGUCUCCCAGCGUACCCAAAAAACCUGGUCCUCCAGUGUUGUCAUCCGAUCCCAAUAUGCUGAGUAAUGAAGAAGCAGGACAUCAUUUUGAACAAAUGCUUAAAUUGGCUCAGCGAUCCAAAGAUGAGCUCUUUAGUAUUGCCCUUUAUAAUUGGCUAAUACAGGCUGACCUUGCAGAUAAACUGCUACAGGUCGCUUCUCCAUUUCUGGAGCCACAUCUAGUCCGAAUGGCCAAAGUUGAUCAAAACAAAGUCCGUUAUAUGGAUUUACUCUGGAGGUAUUAUGAGAAGAACAGAAGCUUUAGUAAUGCUGCUCGUGUCUUGUCCAAACUGGCUGAUAUGCAUAGCACAGAAAUUUCACUUCAGCAGCGACUAGAGUACAUUGCUCGAGCCAUUCUUAGUGCCAAAAGUUCUACUGCCAUUUCAUCAAUAGCUGCAGAUGGUGAAUUCCUUCAUGAAUUAGAAGAAAAAAUGGAAGUUGCUAGGAUCCAACUUCAGAUACAAGAGACACUACAAAGGCAGUAUUCUCAUCAUUCUUCCGUACAGGAUGCAAUUUCUCAGCUGGAUUCUGAGCUAAUGGACAUAACUAAGCUUUAUGGGGAAUUUGCUGACCCAUUUAAACUUGCGGAGUGUAAACUUGCAAUAAUUCAUUGUGCCGGUUAUUCAGACCCUAUACUGGUGCAGACACUUUGGCAAGAUAUCAUAGAGAAAGAAUUGAAUGACAGUGUAACAUUGAGCUCUCCAGAUAGAAUGCAUGCUCUUAGUCUCAAGAUUGUCCUCCUGGGCAAAAUUUAUGCUGGCACACCACGCUUCUUUCCUUUAGGUAAGCAGUAA